GGCAUGGCCCCUCCAGCCCUCCCCGUGCCCCCGGGGGGGGCCCGUCCCCCCGGGUGGGUAUUUAGGGCCGGGCCGGUGGCACCCGGCCCCCCCUGCCCCCCGCCAUGCUGAGCGUGCUGCUGCUCCUGGGGGGCCUGGCCCCCGCCCUGCCCGCUGGUCCCCACUGGACGUACGAGGGUCCCCACGGGCAGCAGCACUGGCACGAGGGGCACCCGGAGUGCGGGGGCCGGGCGCAGUCGCCCAUCGACAUCGCGACAGCGCGGGCACAGCCGGACCCGUCCCUGCCGCCGCUGCGGCCCGAGGGCUACGAGCGCCCCGAGAGCCCCGAGCUGAGCCUCGCCAACAACGGCCACACCGCCGUGCUGGCGCUGCCGCCGUCCCUGCGGCUCCGGGGGCUGCCCCGCGCCUUCGCCGCCCUCCAGCUCCACUUCCACUGGGGCCGGCCCGGGCACGCCGCCGGCGCCGAGCACCUGCUGGACGGGCACCGUGCCCCCGCCGAGAUGCACGUGGUGCACUUUGACUCGGAGCGUUUCGCCGAUGCCAGCGCGGCGCAGCAGCACCCGGGCGGGCUGGCCGUGCUCGGCGUCCUCCUGGAGGUGGGAGAUGAACCCCACCCCGCCUAUGACAACAUCCUGAGGCAUCUCGGCAGCAUCCGCUACGCAGGGCAGAGCGUGGCCAUCCCUUCCUUCAGCAUCCGGGCCCUGCUGCCCGAGCGCCUGGAGCGCUACUACCGCUACAACGGCUCCCUGACCACCCCGCCCUGCCUCCAGAGCGUCCUCUGGACCCUCUUCCCGCAGCCCGUCCGCAUCAGCCGCGCCCAGCUGGAGCAGCUCCAGGGAAGCCUUUACUCCACGGAGGAGGGCGAGCAGGAGGAGCCCCAGCUGCUGGUGGACAAUUUCCGAGCGCCGCAGGAGCUGAACCAGCGCGCGGUGCUCUCGUCCUUCCCCAGGGAGCCAGAGGGAUACUCCACAGGUGAGGUCAUCGCCAUCAUCUUCGGCGCUGUCGCCGGCUGCGUCGGCCUCUUCCUCGCCGUCCACUUUGGGGCCAAGAGGAUGCGCGCGAGGAGGGCGCAGGCACAGGACGUGGUGUUCAAGGCUUCCUCCCGCCGCUCGCCCAUGGAUGCUGGACACUCCCGCUGACCCGGGCUGGGCUGGGCUGACCCGGGCUGGGAGGGGCCGGGCUGGGCUGGGAGGGGCCGGCCCACAUCGUCCCCCAGACCCCCACCCCACAGCCCCACUGCAAAUAAAGCCUCUUCCCCCUCCUGGUGGUUCUUUGUGGGGUGGGCAUUGCUGGAUGCCCCGGGGCUGGAUUCCAUCACCCCCCAGAAACCUGGAGCAAGGUAUAAUGGGGGGAGCGACCCCUCUCCCUCCUCCCCUUCUCCCCAGCAGCCACAGUGUCUCGUGCUUUUACAAAAGGGUUUUACUUUUAAUCAAAAAAAUAAUUUACCCCCCCCUCUGCACCUCC